AUGGCCUCCGGCGGGAAGAAGGGCGCGGCCUACCGGCUGCGCAAGGAGCUCGCGGCGCUGCACAAGGAGAAGCCCGAGUUCAUCUGGGCGACGCACAAGGAGAGCAACAUCCUGCUCUGGAGCUUUUUGCUCGCGCCGCCGUCGGACAGCGUCUACGGCGGCGGCUGGUACUGGGGGCGGCUCACGUUCCCCGCGGGCUACCCCUUCGCGCCGCCGUCGAUCAUCAUGUGCACGCCGUCGGGCCGCUUCCAGGUCGACCACAAGAUCUGCAUGUCCAUGUCCGACUACCACCCCGAGUCGUGGAACCCGAGCUGGUCGGUCUCGACGAUCUUGAAGGGCGUGCUGAGCUUCAUGCUCGGCGACGAGGUCACGACGGGCGCCGUCGAGGCGAGCGCCGGCGACCGGCGCGCGCUCGCCGCCGCGUCGGCCGCGUGGAACGCGUCGCGCGCCGAAUUCGUCGAGCUCUUCCCCGACUUCGCGGAG